AAAUCUAUGGGCAAAGUGAAACACAAUUUACAGAUAAACAACAUUAAAAAAAUACAGAGGAUAAAAGAGAGAGAGAACAUACAAGAAGAAGAAGUAAUGGUUAUGUCGAAAACCGCAAUCCCAAAUUUUCAACCUUCUGCCUCUUCAAAGCGACGCAAGAAAAAGCUGAAAAUUCAACCCAUUUCACUUUACCAGUUCUUACUUCUAUCUCUUUCUUUUUUAUUUCAUCUUUUCUCUCAUUUCAAUUCAAAUUUAUUUUUUUAUUUUUUGCUGAUUUUCAUGGAUUUUUAUUAGUUUGAUUGAAAAUGGCUUCCUAUUUGGUACAAAUGACAAUGGCUUGUGUAAGCUCCAUUGCCUAAGGUCUUUGAGGUGAUAAUGAUUUGGACUUUAAUGUAUGGUCGGAUGGUUAGGUUGCACUGGACUUCUUUGUGCCGUUGUUUGUUGAUUUAUGGUUGAAGACUUAAGGGUGGUAAUUGUAUGAAUGUUUAGUUUUUGGAUAACCGAUAAAAUGGAAUUGAAUUCUUUAGGGCGGCUUGAGGUAUCUAAAGGGUUGCUCAUUUGGAAAAUUAAGCGAUGAUUGAAUUAAUGGACCACUGCAAUAGAUAGGUAGAGGAACUUGAAGAUUCAACCUUCAAUUUGGAUUUUUUUGAUUUUUUUUUUUUUAUAGUAGUACUAGUAAGCUUCACAAUGGGUUUGCCUCAAGUAUCCUCUAGUGGGUCUAAUGAGGAACGUCUGGCACAAUUGAGCCAGCUUACCCAUUAUAGUAGUGUGAGCUCACGUGAUCGGGAUGGAUUGUGUGGGGAACAUGUAAGCUCAGUAUGUGGGAAUUCGUCAAUAUCUCCAAGAGGAGAAUUCUCGAAGAAUGGAGACAAGGGUGUAGGCACUUCUGAUGACUCUUUAAUGUUAAGAAGGAAUAGAGAUAUUGUGCUUUAUGUUCCCAGAGUGAAAUUUGGGCAAGAGGGUGUUGGUUGCUGCAAUGCUAAGCAGGAGGUGGAUGUUACUCCUGUUUCUAGGAUUGUAGGAUUUCAAGCAAAUGAAACUGUACGAUGUGAUGAAUUGAGUAACAGUAGUUCUUCAGAUGAAUUUGAUCGUGCAGUGAAUGUUACUGGAUCAUGUGGUGUAACACUUCGAAAGCGAAUGUUGUCACCCUUGAGCCAAUUGAUGAUCCCUGAUAACUGCAAACGUGAUGUUUUAAACCUGGGAUAUGGGAUGCUGUCUCCUGUCAGUACUGAGAAAACAUGUAGUGCAGAGACACAAGACCGUAAAGUAGAUGAUUCUAGAUUGAAGGAUCAAAUGACUACCCCAAUCUCGGCGUACUCUUACUGCAGAGAGCAGAUAAAUACAUCUUAUGUAGGUGGUAGAAAGGCCUCGUACAUUUUGGUUGAUGGCCCAUCACCACUAGACCAGGAAUCAUCUGAUGUUUUUUUAUCCUCUAAUGGACUUAGCAAACUGGAAAAACCUAGCAUAGUAAGAAGUCAUGCUGGGGGUAACUUUUUAUGCAUGGAAAAAAUGACCUCCCAUUCCCUUCCAUCUUCUCCACUUGGUCGGAAAUCUUGUGAUAGGAUGGAAGCUGCAGAUGGGUUUAGGACUAUUAGAAGACAGUUAGAGAGUGAAUAUACUGCAAUUAGUAGUAUUAGACUGUCACCUGAUGGACCUGAUGCUGGCACACCCGUUUCUGCUGAAAAAGAGGGGUGCAAUGUCACUAGGUUACCGAAAGAAGACUUUCGGCCAUCAUCAUUGGAUUCUUCGGGGGGGUUUAUCUGGCCAUUUUUUCCUGACUUGGCCCCUAAUCUUCAAAGCAGAAAGCCAAUUAGAACUUUGAGUAGACAUUGUGUGCGGAGGUCUUUGGUUGGCUCAUUUGAGGAAUCUCUUUUGUCAGGUAGAUUCCCCAUUGAUAGUGUCUAUCAGAAACUUGAUGGCUUCCUAGCUGUUCUAAGUGUUACCGGGGGAAAUUUCUCACCUAAGUCGCAGAAACUUCCAUUUUCUGUUACCAGCGUGGAUGGAGAUAGCUACUUACUCUACUAUGCAUCCAUAGAUCUUCCCAGUAGAGCUGCUUCCGGUGGGAUUUAUGGCCACAAGUUCCAAAGAAGUCUUAGCAAUAACGAUGCACGAGUUGACAAAAAUAGACUGCGCAUUCCCAUGAAAGGACGGAUACAGCUGGUCCUCAGCAAUCCGGAAAAAACCCCUAUUCAUACCUUCUUUUGCAACUAUGAUCUGAGUGACAUGCCCUCUGGUACCAAGACAUUCAUGCGCCAAAGGAUCACACUUGAAUCUACUAAAAUUUCUACGGAACCUGAACAACAUAAAUCCUGUGAGAGGACGGUGAGGGAAAGGAUCACAGGAGCUUCAAAUAAGAAUUCUUCAGCGGGACUGGACACACCAUCAAGAAUUGCAUGUGAAGAGAACCCAAGGUAUACGAACAGUAGUACAAAAUCCUCUUUUCCAGUCAAAGGUCAUGGAUUAUCUAAUUUAGCAGAUUCUACGGGGAAAGAAGGACACCGUGUCUGUAAUAAUAAUUUAAGAGAAAUGGGAAUUGCUUGUAGUGGCUACAAAAGUGAAUGUCAAAACAAUUGCCAUGAAAAUUUCUACCAGGGUGCGAGCAAUGCAAGUGGGAAGAAAGCUUCACUUGGUUCAUUUAAGGUUAAAGAGAACGUUAACGGUUCUGGAACCCUACGAUAUGCUCUGCAUCUUCGUUUUAUGUGUCCUCCACUAAAGAAAUGUUCUCCAAGAGGUAAUUCUGGAGAAAAUGAACGGGAAAGGAGAUUUUACUUGUACAAUGACCUGAGAGUUGUAUUCCCUCAAAGGCAUACUGAUUCCGAUGAAGGCAAGUUGAAUGUGGAAUACCAUUUCCCAGCAGAUCCAAAGUACUACGACUUCGGCGAUUGAUCUCCUUAUUCUGACUCUGUACAUAUUGUAAAUCUACAUUCAUCAUAAUGAUUCCAACUUGGGAGUCUUCUUAAGUUUACUUUCAUCUGUACAGCUGACAAUUACUUUAAUAAAUUUUAUUUUAUUUUAUUUUCUGAUUGUUGUGUGCUAUGGACUGCUAGCAUGAGCUAUAUGCUUGUACUUCUUGGCCUGUUGCACUAACGUUGAAUGAUCGGCCCAAUAAGAAAGGCCCAAACAUGGCAGGCCCAUCACCUAAAGUCCUGCAAACUAAAGAGAAGAGGAAGGCCUGUAAUGCAACUUCAGGAAAUCAAAUACUACAUACAAAUAGUGUUUAUUAUUUGUACAUUACUUAGGAAGAAAUAAAACAAUAAUGUAAAUAAACAUGUUAUUGUUCAUUUAAUAUAGUACUUGUAUUUUUCA